AUGGCUCUCCUGAAACUGUCGAAGGCUCGCGAGGACGAUUUGCUGCGUGACGGCUUUUCUGAGCAGCAGGAGCUCUUCAAGCAGAUGCCAGCUGUCGAGAAGAAAGUCACAGACGCUCCGAAAAUGGUAUUUCUCCGUUUUUGACAGACACGCCGAAUAUUCCGUUAAUUUCAGCCAAACAACGUUGUCGCCCACGAGUUGCUCAUGGAGGGUUCCAGAAUGAAUCCGAAGAUUGAGAACUACUUGAACGCGCAACGGCUUCUCGUCGGAAACGCGCAGGCUGAGCAGCGUCUGCUGUAAGUCUAGUCGAUUCUGAACUUUAUAGGUUCUGUUUUUCAGUGAGCUUAACUCGGCGGCGCAAAUCAACCGCGGACCGGACGGAGUUUUCCAGUCGUCCCGUCUUCACUUCGACAUGCUGCUCAACCGCGACGAGUCAAUUUUCCCAUCGGAUUACCUCAACUUCGACUCCAAGAUGAAGCGCUGA